AUGCUGCUGGGGUGGCUAUCCAGCAUCCCCCCCGCCAAAAACGGUUGGAUAAAGACAGUUACACUCAAGUACGAUGUGUUGGCAAUUACAAAAUCCGGGAUGGCCGCCACUCAAGACGCUCAAGAUGAUCCUGCCGCCCCACGGAUGCAGCACAUUACUACAACCACUGCACCAGACUUCCCAGAAGAUGCCAAAACUUUUCGUCGGCUAGCGGAGGUCUGCCGCGCCAAUCCUUCCAUGAGAAUUCACUACCAGCUUCCAGCGUGGAUUUUCCACGAACAAGAAGAGCUGAUCAUGUUCGGUCACGCGCUGCAGGCAUUGUUCACUUUCCGUGAGAACAGACUUUUCCACGAUCUGUUGGAGGAUUUCCCUAGGUCCACGGGCCUAGUGCCCGUCUUAACUCGUAUCGUUAAUGUUCUAGAUUCGGUGGUGGCAUGGCGCAAGGAUGUCAGAGUGAGAGACAUGUGGGCGGACAAUCUGCGAUUCUUCCCCACACACACGGAAGAAGAUCGGGCCAGCCUCAAGCCCUCAGGCCUCGGAGGUUGGGACCACGUUCCAGACGGUAAGUACACACUAACCAUGGAGAGCGUGCUGAAAAACUGCCCACCUAUUUCCAUGACAGCCAUGGACGUGGCCUUGACGGUCGCUCAACUCGCUAUCCCAGCCGCAUUGCAACUCAAGCCACUUAAAGGCGAGCAGAGUAUAUUCCUCCCGCCGCGCAAAUACCUCACCAUGCGCGCCUUGAUGGAUGAAAACCCCAAAUUCGUCCCCUUCACCCGCCUACACGGUAAAUUCCUCAUCGACGCAUGCAGCGUGCAGGUUAGUUUCGAAGACGCGACGCUUUCCGUGCAGGUGCCGCGCGCGGACUGGCUGGACAAGCAGCAGGGCGCUUCAUGGCGUGGGGUGAUGAGUGAGUUCGAUGCGUGUGUAGAGAAGGGCGAGGCGAGUGUGUUUGUAAUCGUUAAGCUGAGUGCGCGGACUAGUUCGACACUGAGUGGACAUGAGAAGAUGCAGUUGGCUAUGGCCUCAACCGCAACUUCCAUCAAGUCCGGCUUCCUCAACCUACCCGCGGAACUUCGGAACGACAUCUGUCAGCUCGCUCUGACAGACAAGAUUCCGCUAUUUGCAGAAGUUAAUUGGCCUCGUGGGCGUGCCCUGUUGAGCGCGAGUGUGCCAGUCGAUAUCGAUCCGACUCAAGAGUUCAAUCAGCUAAAGUACGUGUGUCGCCAGUUCAACGAGGAGGCAGCUGGACUAGAGCUCAAGUACAACGACCUCGAUAUCUGGAAAUUGGACAGGCAUGCUGGCCGGAAUAUCGGCAAGAUGCUCUUUUUGGUCGCAGGUUGUGUAGGCAAGAGCAAGAAGCACUGGCUGAAUGGCAUUGUGUUUCAUCUCAAGGAGAAGCCUAGGAUCGUUUUCCAACCCAAAGAUCUCGUUGCUGGACAUGAUGCAAUAUUUGCUUUCCGUACAAAAUAUCUGUUGACUAAGGUCCAUCUCACAAUACCCGAAUGGAACUUGAAGCUACAGCGAUCAUCUUACGAUGCUUUCACAUAUCUGUGCGUGGAGUUGGUCAAGAAGUGGGUAAAAUAUGGUGUCUAA